UCCGGCCACUUCCGGCACGGGAAACUCCAGGCUGCGGCUUCGGCCGGCUUGACAGGCGAGGUCUCCGCCGGCUGCGUGUUCCCCUCACCUCGCUCGGCCUCCCGGUCGCGCCCGGCCGCCGCCGUUCCGCCGUCCUUUUCUCGAGUCUCCCCUUCCCUAUGUUCCGGGGCCGGAGUCCGGGAAGCAAAGACCCUCUUGCUCAGUCCCCAUCAUGUCCGAAGUGACCAAAGAUCUGCUGGAGCUGGUGUGGGGCACCAAGAGCAGCCCCGGGCUGUCGGACACCAUCUUCUGCCGCUGGACGCAAGGGUUUGUGUUUAGUGAAUCAGAGGGAUCUGCAUUAGAACAGUUUGAAGGUGGCCCCUGUGCUGUUAUUGCACCUGUUCAGGCAUUUCUUUUGAAGAAGCUUCUGUUUUCCUCUGAGAAGUCGUCCUGGCGGGAUUGCUCAGAGGAAGAGCAGAAGGAACUCCUUUGUCAUACCUUAUGUGAUAUUUUAGAAAGUGCUUGUGACAGCUCUGGAUCAUACUGCUUGGUUUCAUGGUUGAGAGGAAGGACAACUGAGGAAGCGGCUAGUAUUGCUGGGAGUCCUGCACAGUCUAGUUGCCAAGAGGAACAUUCUUCUGCCUUGGCUGUCGAAGAGCUUGGCUUUGAGCGAUUUCAUGCAUUAAUUCAAAAAAGAUCAUUCAGAACUGUAUCAGAAUUAAAAGAUGCUGUCUUGGACCAGUAUUCAAUGUGGGGAAACAAAUUUGGAGUCUUGCUUUUUCUCUAUUCUGUAUUACUGACAAAGGGCAUUGAAAACAUAAAGAAUUCAAUUGAAGAUGCAAAUGAGCCUUUGAUAGACCCCGUGUACGGGCAUGGCAGCCAAAGCUUAAUUAACCUCCUACUGACGGGACAUGCAGUUUCUAAUGUAUGGGAUGGUGAUAGAGAAUGCUCAGGAAUGCAACUUCUCGGUAUCCAUGAACAAGCAGCUGUAGGAUUCUUAACAUUAAUGGAAGCUUUACGAUAUUGUAAGGUUGGUUCUUACUUGAAAUCUCCAAAAUUCCCUAUUUGGAUUGUUGGCAGCGAAACCCACCUCACCGUGUUUUUUGCCAAGGAUAUGGCUUUAGUUGCCCCUGAGGCACCUUCUGAACAAGCCAGAAGAGUUUUUCAAACCUAUGAUCCAGAAGAUAAUGGAUUCAUAGCUGACUCCCUUCUAGAAGAUGUGAUGAAAGCCUUGGACCUUGUUUCAGAUCCUGAGUAUAUAAAUCUCAUGAAGAAUAAAUUAGAUCCAGAAGGAUUAGGAAUCAUAUUAUUGGGUCCAUUUCUUCAAGAAUUUUUUCCUGAUCAGGGCUCCAGUGGUCCAGAAUCUUUUACUGUCUACCACUACAAUGGAUUGAAGCAGUCAAAUUAUAAUGAAAAGGUAAUGUAUGUGGAAGGGACUGCCGUGGUUAUGGGUUUUGAAGACCCCAUGCUACAGACAGAUGACACUCCUAUUAAACGCUGUCUCCAAACCAAAUGGCCAUACAUUGAGUUACUGUGGACCACAGAGCGCUCUCCUUCACUCAAUUGAGUUACCUGAGUAUUUACAUUGAAGAUUGUAAAAAACGGGUGUUUAAGUGGGGAUUCAUGACUGGCUACAUUAAGCUAAACACUGGUAUUGUUGAUUAACUGUAAAUAACAAUUAAAACACAUUUUCAGUGUUUAAGGUAUGUUUAAAUUAUUUGUUCUAAAGCUUUAUGUUAAAGGUUAUCCUAUUUUAAUCCUUUCUGUGAAAUUUACUAGCAAAAUUAAGCUUUAAUUGAAGUUCAUCACUUCUGCAGUCAGGUAAUUGGUUGUUAUUUACCAGAUUAUAAACACAAUAUUACAGCACUUUUAUAAUAAGACUCAGAUACAAAAACCUGCCGGGGAUCUCAUUCCAUUCAGAUUCAUGUUAUUGUAUUAUUUUUAGCAGCCUCUACACCAAAUAUGCAGAAGUUAGGUUUUGUUUUUCAUCUCUAAAAUCUGUUUUCCAUGAGAAGUACUAAUAAAUAACAAAUUAUCGGUCCUGGUCUUUUGAUAGCUAAUUUAACUCUGGCAUGUUUACAAAAAGUGGGAAAUAUGUGGGAACUUGCCAUUUGUUCACAGGUGCAGAGGGAUGUAUUUUUACGGUGAUCGGGAAAGAAUCUGUUUGCUAGGCGGUCUUAACACUGUACCUUUCACUGUAUUGCUAAAUACACUUCACCACCUUUGAUCCUGCAAGCCACUUUUCUUGUAUAUUUAUUUCUAAGCGAGGUAAAUGCAUGAGAACAUCUGUUGUUACAUUAGCAUAUGGCAUUAUUUAUUAUGGUCCCAGAUAAUACCAUAAAUAAAGACUUUUUUCUUUAACUACA